AUGCAGAUGCAGGGUGACGACCUGGACCUGGACAAUGUGCUCGACAAUUACCUGGUGCAGCUCCAGGGCGGAGGCAUGCCCGGCGCUGGCCUGCCGGGCGGCCUGCCAGGUGGCAUCGGCGCCGGCAUCGGCGGCAUGGGCGGCAUGGGCGACCCCCUCGCCGGCCUCGGGGGCAUGGGCGCCGGCGGCAUGGCCGGGCUCGGCGCCGGCGGGAUGGCGGGCCUGGCCGGCAUGGGCGGCGCGGGCAUGGCUGGCCUCGGCGCGGGCGGCUACGGCAUGGCCGGCCUGAACCAGAUGGGCCUAGCCGGCAUGAACGCCGCGCAGCUCAACAUGCAGCAGGCCAUGUCCCAGGGCAUGCAGCAGUCGAUGCAGCAGACCAACCCCGCGCUCGCGCGCAACCUGAUGAACUCGCUUGGCGCCGGCCUCGAGGGCUUCGCCGGCGCCGGCGGCCUCGCCGGGGGCCUCGGCGGCGGCGGCGGCGCCGGCGCGGGCGGCAUGGCAGGGCUUGCCGGGCUCGCCGGCUUUGGCGGCGGCGCGGGCGGCAUGGCGGGGCUGGCCGGGUUCCCUGGGAUGGGCGGGCUCGCGGGCCUGCAGGGCAUGGGCAUGGCCGGCCUUGGCGCAGGGCUUGGUGCCGCUGGCCUCGGCUCAGCCGGGCUCGCAGGCGUCGGCGCGGGCGGCAGCUCCGGCGCC